AAAACUAGUGGAGAAUCUAUCCCCAAUCUUGUUGGUCGGGUAUCUUCUAUCCGCAACUCCAUCCACAUUGGUCAUUCAGUCAUUGAUAGAUAGUCCGAGGCCUUACAAAAUUUAUAGAGGAGUGAUUUUUUUUCUCCCAUCUUCUUCUAGUUUUUUCAACUAAUCAAGCAGUCUGUUCUUUUUCUCGACUCUCAAGUCUCUUCAGUAGAAUUCCAUGGCUGAGUUCCUUACUUUUGCUGCACAGGAAAUGCUGACCAAAGUGGCUUCACUUGCCACUCAAGAGUUCACUCUUUUAUGAGGAUUCAAUGGAGAAUUAGCAAAUCUGCGUAAGUCGCUGCUCUUUCUUGAAGCUGUGCUACGAGAUGCUGAACAGAUGCGACAAGAUCAGGGCGAGGCUGUGAAGCUCUGGUUGGAGGAGCUUGAAGAUAUAGCUCAUCCUGCCGAUGAUGUUUUGGAUGACUACGGAUAUGAGCUUCUUCGGCGUAAGGUGGAACUGUGAAACCAAAUGCAGAAAAAGGUGCAAAAUUUGUUUUCCCUCUCCAAUCCCAUCUUUUUUCGUGUUAAAAUGGCACAUAAAAUUAAGAAAAUCAACACAUCUUUGGAGGAUUUGGGUAAAAGGGCAAGCAGUUUUGGGUUUGUUGCUAGGCCUUCCAUAGAGGCAACAAGCUCCUAUGAUAGAAGAAUUGAUAGGGAAACAUACUCUGAGUUCAAAAAAGAUGAAAGCAAUAUCAUUGGAAGGAAAGAUGUUGUGGAAGAUAUAGUGAAAACCUUGACCAACUCAAACAACAGUAAGGAAAAUGAUCCUUCAGUUCUGGCCGUUGUGGGAAUGGGGGGACUUGGGAAGACCACUUUGGCUAAAUCAGUAUAUCAUGAUGAUAGGAUAAAACAACACUUCCAAGAAAGGAUGUGGUUCUGUGUGUCUGUCCCUUUUGAAGUCAACUUGAUUUUAAGGGGAAUCUUGGAGUCUCUUAAACCUGAGUAUGCUUCGGUACAAACUAUAGAUGCAAUGUGUAAAAUCCUAAAAGAUGAGUUGAAAGGGAAAAAAUAUCUUCUCGUGCUCGAUGAUGUUUGGAAUGACAAUUCUCAAAAAUGGGAAGAAUUGAUCAAUUGCUUGGUGGAGACCCAAGGAAGCAGCAUCCUUGUCACCACCCGUCGUGAUAAAGUUGCAAAAAUGGUUCCUAGGUGUGAUUUGAAAAAACUAUCAGAUGAUGAAUGUUGGCUCAUACUGAAAGACAAAGCAAUUCCAGUUGGGGGUGCUUCUAUCGCUGGAGAUCAAGAAAAAAUUGGAAGGAAGAUUGCUAAAAAGUGCGGAGGUGUACCAUUGAUAGCAAAGGUUCUACCUCAACUUGAAGAAUUAAGUAUCUUCGGGUGGCCUAAGCUCAAGUCUCUGCCGUCUUUGACCCAUUUGCACAUAUAUUCCUUUGGAGUAGAGGUAAUUCCAGAAUGGUUGGGAAAUCUUGCAUCUCUUCACUUCUUGCGUAUUUACGAAUGCGAGAAUCUGAUGUCUCUACCUUCUGUCCAAGCUAUGCAACGCCUCACCAAAUUAGAUAGGCUACAGAUAUCCCGUUGUCCUCUUUUGAGUGAAAGAUGCACCGCGGAGAGCGGCCCAAGAUUUAUCAUAUAUAUUCCGAACCUCCAAGUUCGGGGAGGCAGAUACUAGCAUCGACUCUUUUCUGUGACACAUCAAGAAUAUGUGUAAUUGCUCCAAGUUUGCAGUAAUAUGUGAGCAUCUACAAUUCGAUAUCAUCUCUCUAUCAACAUUGCAGGAUUGGGGUCGUAAGCGAAAUUGGAAAAAGGUCGUUUGAUGCUCAUGUUGUUGUUAAAAGUAUUAAGAGGCCCUCCAAUUGCUACAGUUGGACUGAUUAUGGAAAAGUGAAGAAGGUGGUUGCGCUUGUGUUGCUGUGAAGGCAUGUUAUCGGACACUUCAAUAUAUCACAUAGGAACUGUAGGAUAAGAGUUGUUUAGGUACUCGGCUUCUCCAUCCAUUGCCAAUUGGUUUUGGGUUAGAUGCUCUAGUACUUUCAGGAAUAUGUGCAGUUUACGAGUACAUUCUUGAGACCAUUUUGACUUUGAAUUGGAGGUCUCUACAAAUGUUGUCAUCUGAAGGUGGACAUGUUGAGUUCAAACAGAAGGUUGAUGUAGGAAGUGGAUAUCGGUCAUGAGAUUUUCAGUUAUGGUGGUUUCAGUUAGUUCAUGGACACAAUUUCUUUGGAUCCUAAUUUUCAAAGGCGCACUGCAAUUUCCUAAAUAUAUUAUCUGCAUUAUGGGGGCAAAUCCAGGACUGAUGAUUCUUCCUUACUGCCAAGCCAAGCUGAACAUCAAGUUCCCUUUCAGCAAAGAGGCUUUCAGGCUGUGCCUCCAAACUGUUGAAUGUGGCAUAUUCAGCUCUCAAGUUUACUACUUUUUGCUGUUCAAAUUCUUGAUGGAUUUGAUGCUUUAUGCUCUUGAUGAAUUCUUAUCUGAAGAGAGAAAACUGGAGUUUGAGGAUGCAUCUGAAAACAGCAAUGGAGUAAUUAAUAACAAAGCUGCCAUUGGACAGAGGCUUCAGGACCCAGAAGGAAGUGGUUAAAGCAUAGCAUAUAUUGGCCAUGAUUGAUUCAGUUAUGGCCUUAAUGGCAGUUUGGGGGAUUUUGAUGAGCACAAUUUAUUUGGAUAUCCUGAUUUUCGAAGUUUGUGGGAAAAUUCAGGACCUGAUGAGACUUCCUUAGUGCCAAGCCAAGCAGCGAAACCUUUUGGUUUGUGUCUUCAAACUGUUGAAUGCAGAACUUUUAAUGGCUUGCAGCUUGAAGGUCUGCCCAUUUUUUGUUCCUUUGUCAAGACUCAAGACAGCAUCGAAUAUGUGCGCAAAACUGGUCCUUGUUAUUUUUCAGCGAGACUAUGGAACUUACAAUGUGAAGCAUUUGACCAGUUCUGCUGUACUAUAGAGCAACUAUUAUCAUUCUACUUUGUGUCUUUUCUUGGGGAUUUCUCUAGCUCUUUGGAUUUUCUUAGUUUGAAGGAAGAUGACAUUAUGGUUUCAAAGAGUCACUGGAGUUGGCUUUUGGAGAGAUUUGGAAGCUGGUUGAAAACAUACUGGGAUGCUGGUUCAUCAUUAUCCUUCCAAUCCUUAUCUCCAGGUGGCUUGACAGUUCAGAUUUUAUGGAAGAAUUGUUUGUCAAUCAUUCUCCAAAGAAAACAACCAAUUGCAGAUGCUUUUGCAGAUUGGGGCAUAAUCUGUAGGUCGGUGUUUAGGAGUUUUAUUCAAUAGGAGAAACAACAGUUGUGCAAUAGGCGCAAAGAGAGUCCAGGUGAAGAAGGUGGUUGCUUUUGUGUUGCCGUGAAGGUAAUAAAAGGCACUCCAGUUGAUACAGGAAGUGGAUAUCAGUCAUGAGAUAGUUAGUACCUUACGGUGGUUUCAGUCUGUUGAUGGGCACGAUUUCUUUGGAUAUCCUAAUUUCUAAAGGCACACUCCAAUUUGCUAAAUAUAUUAUCUGUACUUUGGGUCUGAUUCAUCCUUACUGCCCAGCCAAGCUGAACAUCAAGUUCCCUUUCAGCAAAAGAAGCUCUCAGUCUGCCUCCAAACUGUUGAAUGUGGCAUAUUCAGCUCUCAAGUUUACUACUUUUUGCUGUUCAAAUUCUUGAUGGAUGUGGCUUAUGCUCUUAAUGAAUUCUUAUCUGAAGAGAGAAAACUGGGGUUUGAGGACGCAUUGGAAAAGAGCAAUGGAGUAAUAAUUUAACAAAGCUGUCAUUGGACAGAGGCUUCAGGACUCAGAAGGUAUACAAAAGGCUCGAGUUCAUUGCUGCUGAUUCUGUAGUCAUGUGCAGCUUCCAUUCUUGCAGCAAAUUUUCCAUUUGUACCAAUAAUACACAUAGAAGUGCUAGUGUCUUCUUGACUUAAGCUUGGUAUCAAACAUGAAAAAAGAAGUCUCCUCUUACUCUC